UUUGAAAUAUUUUUCACAAUUAAACUAAUAUAUACAGCAGUUUUUUAUGCAAAUAUGUUAGAGCAAAGUAAAGUACAUGCAGUUCUAAACAGCUCAGCAGAUAACAGAAAACCGAUCCGUUCUCUCAGACAGUCUUCCUGUAUCAUCAGCUUAGUAAAAACUCCUGGAUGAGUUUGAAUAUCUGGAGUUUAACGUGGUUCAGCAGUUUGUUUUAAAUCUCAGAGUCUCAGUCGGCUUCCUGUUGUCUGGGUUCGAGAGACUCGUUCAGAAGAGAAUCGUAACCAAGGGAAACGUGAAGACAGAAGGCCUGCCGGUUCUGCGGACCGGGCCUGGACCGCUCUGUGCCGCCGCCUGGCGGUUAAACGUCAGCUGAUCACCAGUGGCGCCCCCAGGGGAUGGGGGGCCUCGGCCCCCAUUGCAGUCAUGUUGCCCCCCAAAGAAUUAUUUUCGCUGUACCCCCCCCCAACAUUUUGACUGACUUGGUCUGGCCGCCAUUUUAAAAACUUUCUGGAGGCGCCAGUGGUGAUCACCAUCAAUCAGAACCAGAACCAAAGUGUUUUCAAUCUAAACCCGACUGAACCCAAACUAAAGCGUCACCAGUUACCUGCUGACCUUCUGAUGACCUUCAGGCACUGAGCUCCAAUUGACUGCGUCCCAUCAUGAGUCGGUGGCGUCGUUCGGUGGACGAGCUGACAGCGGGACGGCGGCGGCAGCAGGCAGAGUGUGAGCGCGCUCAGAACGCUCUGAGUCGGGUCACUUCCUGCUUCCAGCAACUGGCGGCGUCGCUGGGAAGUUCAGCCGACAGCAGCUUCCUGAGGGAAGAGAUGGACGAGACGAGAGCGCUGGCUCACCGGAUCUGCUCAGGUCUGUCUCGCCGCCUGCUGCGCCUGCUGUCAGCUUGUGACUCCGCCCCCGUAGCCGUGGACGACAGACAUGCUUCAGAGCGACUCUGGGUUCUCUUCCUGUCUGCAGUGGAGUACUUCCUGUCUGACCUCCAGAGGGCCAAAGAGCUGAUUGGUCAGUUCCCCCUGACCCAGCGCUCCAGCAGACGCUCACUGGUGAACACAGGAUGUACCGACGGCCCGGUGGGUCUGGCGGCCCGGGUGGCACUGGUCCAAAUCCCCUGGCUGGUUCUGGAGGAAGAGCCCAGUCCAGAUCUGACCAAUCACAUCGCAGGCCUGGAGGCCCAGCUGCGUCCCGGUGGCGUUCUGGUCGGUGGAGUCGACACAGCCGGCGUGGGCCGAGGUUCUGAACGACGCCGAGGAUCCGGAGGAAAGCCUGGAGGACUUGAUGGAGGUGGAGGUGGCGUCCAGCGGCGGUGGCAGCACCAAGCUGCCCGCCUGCUGCCGGGGAACCUGCUGCUGGGUCGGAUAGGCCCGGAUCGGUUCUGCAGGUUCCGAGAGCUCAAACAGAAAUCUUCUAUAGAAAUAUUGACCCAGAACGUAGCAGAUUAGUAUAAUGUGAAAAUUAUAGCACAGAAAGUUCAGUGGAAGGAAGAAGUGCCCAUCCAUUCAAUCUGAAGGAGCAGACGACCAUGAUCUGUUCAACAGGUGAGCAGCUGGUUCUGUUGAGUUAACGCGUCUAGAGUCUUCAUGAAGGUUCUGCAGCAGAAAAUCUAUUUUAUUGAUCUGAACAUUUCAGUUUGAGACGCUGCAUGUUGGGUUUCCAUCCACAAUCAGAAAAAUCUGAAAUAUUUCACUUUGUUUUGAUUUAUGAUGAGAUUUAAUUUUUUAGAACAAGGAACAAAUAAAUCCCCAGGAGGGAGAAAACGG